AUGGCUGAGGAGGAGGAUAUAUACACAAAAGAUGGAACAGUAGAUUACCUUGGAAAUUCUGCUAACAAAAGAAAGACUGGAACAUGGAGAGCAUGUCCCUUUAUUUUAGGAAAUGAAUGUUGUGAGAGAUUGGCUUUCUAUGGGAUGAGUACAAAUCUAGUGCGUUAUUUUAAGUAUCAACUGCAUCAACAUAGUGCUACUGCUUCAAAGAAUGCUGCUGAUUGGGGUGGAACAUGCUACAUCACUCCAUUGAUAGGAGCAUUUGUUGCUGAUGCCUAUCUUGGACGAUUUUGGACCAUUUUUUGUUUUUCAAUACUUUAUGUUAUUGGAAUGACACUACUGACAUUAUCUGCAUCAGUUCCUGGCAUAAAACCAACCUGCUACACAAAAGAUGAUUGCCAUGCUACACAUGAACAGAGUGCAAUAUGUUUUGUAGCUCUUUACCUUAUAGCUCUAGGCACCGGCGGAAUCAAGCCUUGUGUCUCGUCAUUCGGAGCAGAUCAAUUUGACGACGCAGAUGAAGUUGAGAAAGAGCACAAGAGUUCAUUCUUCAAUUGGUUCUAUUUCUCAAUCAACAUUGGUGCUCUUAUUGCUGCUUCUCUAUUGGUGUGGAUACAAGACAAUGUGAGUUGGGGAUUGGGAUUCGGCAUUCCAGCAGUCGCCAUGGCGAUUGCGGUAGUAAGUUUCUUUUCAGGCACACGAUUGUAUCGGAAUCAGAAGCCGGGAGGUAGCCCCGUUACUCGCAUGUGUCAGGUGAUAGUCGCGUCGAUAAGAAAGUACCAUGUCGAUGUAGCUAAUGACGAGACUCUCUUGUAUGAAACUCCAGAGGCUUUGUCUGCUAUCCAAGGAAGCCGCAAGCUUGAUCACUCGAAUGGAUUAAGAUUCUUUGACAAAGCAUCGGUGUUAGAAAACUCGGACAAUUUGAAGGACUCAACAAACCCAUGGAAACUUUGCACUGUAACACAAGUGGAAGAACUAAAAGCAAUUAUAAGAUUGCUUCCAAUAUGGGCAACAGGCAUAAUAUUUGCAACAGUUUAUGGUCAAAUGAGCAACUACUUUGUACUACAAGGAGAAACCAUGAACACACAUUUAGGAAAUUUUCAAAUCCCACCAGCUUCACUUUCAAUCUUUGAUACACUCAGUGUCAUAUUUUGGGUCCCAAUAUAUGACAGAAUCAUUGUUCCAACAGCUAGAAAAUUUACUGGCAGAAAAAAUGGCCUAACUCAGCUUCAAAGAAUGGGAACAGGUCUCUUCAUAUCAAUAUUCUCAAUGCUAUAUGCAUUAACAUUGGAGUAUUAUAGACUUAAAAUGGUGCAAGACGGAGUAUCUAUGUCGAUUUUUUUGCAAGUUCCACCUUAUUUCAUUAUAGGCUGUGCUGAAGUUUUCAUAUUUAUUGGUCAAUUGGAAUUCUUUUAUGAACAAGCACCUGAUGCAAUGAGAAGUUUUUGUUCUGCUCUUUCUUUACUCACUGUUGCACUUGGACAGUACUUGAGUUCUUUGCUUGUUACUAUUGUUACAAAGGUUACUACAUUGAAGGGUGGUCCUGGUUGGUUACCUGAUGACUUAAACUAUGGUAGACUUGAUCAUUUUUUCGGGCUUUUGGCCGGGUUGAGUGUGGUGAAUUUUGUUGUGUUUCUGAUGGUGUCGAAGUUUUAUAUAUAUAAAAAAUCGGUCGGGACUCUCCGAUGA